GAGAGCGAGAGCGAGGCUGAGCACACACACAUACACACACACACACACACAGAGUGAGCGGCGCCAUGCACUGCCGUCGCACCGACAGCUAGCCGAGCAGAAAUGCCACCUGAAGACGCGGCCGCGAAAUGCUCGACCGAGGCGGGCAAACGUUUGUUGUUUCGCCGCUCCGCGAUGUGAAGAAGAGAGUACGUGUGAUUUAAAGAUGGCGAUGUGUUGAGUCGAACCGUUACCGUCUCGCUCGGGUUGUAGCGUGGCAACGGCAGUGGAACGUUCCAAAGUUGUCGGUUAGCAGGGCGCGUGUGAAGGAUCGGACUUAAAGGGCCAGCGCAGCCGUUGGAGCCGCAAACAUGGAGAAGCAGCAGCAGCAGAGCGACCUGGAGCGAGAGCGGCAGUACUGUGAACUUUGUGGGAAAAUGGAGAACCUCCUCAAGUGCGGUAGGUGCCGGAGCUCCUUCUACUGCAGCAAGGAGCACCAGAAGCAGCACUGGAAGAAACACAAGCUCAUUUGUAAGGAGGCGGACAAGCCGCAGCUUCCCAAACAGAAGCCCGAGGAGACGACCCCGCCGCCGCCGCCUCAACCGCCUCAACCGCCGCCGCCUCAACCGCCUCAACCGCCGCCACCGGGGGACGACAAGGCGCCGGAGAAAGCCCCGGAGCAGGCGGACAGCGCAGCUUUACCACAAACCACAGUCGCGUCUGGGCUCGGCGACAGACGGGGAGAGGACGGGUCCUCCAACGACACCGCCACACCUAACGGACAAACUAGCUCAUCCCCUCAGAAACUCGCCACGGAGUACAUAGUCCCGUGCAUGAACAAGCAUGGCAUCUGCGUGGUGGACAACUUUCUAGGAGCCGAGACCGGGCUGGGCAUUUUGGGCAACGUGAAAGCCCUGCACAAGACCGGCAAGUUCACGGACGGACAGCUGGUCAGUCAGAAAAGUGACUCCACUAAAGACAUCCGAGGGGACAAAAUCACGUGGAUCGAGGGGAAGGAGCCCGGCUGCGAGAAGAUCCGCUUUCUAAUGAGUCGCAUGGACGACCUGAUUAGACAUUGUAAUGGCAAACUGGGAAACUACACAAUAAAUGGAAGGACAAAAGCAAUGGUGGCAUGUUACCCUGGAAACGGGACAGGAUACGUGCGCCAUGUGGAUAACCCCAAUGGCGACGGGCGGUGUGUGACAUGCAUAUAUUACCUUAAUAAAGACUGGACUGCCAAGGAACACGGUGGCCUUCUUCGAAUCUUCCCAGAAGGAAAAGCCCAGUUUGCCGACAUAGAGCCCAAAUUCGACCGUCUGCUGCUCUUCUGGUCAGACAGGAGGAACCCUCACGAGGUUCAGCCCGCCUUCGCCACCAGGUAUGCCAUCACGGUGUGGUAUUUUGACGCAGACGAGCGAGCCAGAGCUAAAGAAAAGUACUUAACGGGUGCAGGAGAAAAAGGAGUAAAGGUUGAACUCGGCAAAUCAUCGGAUCCCAGCUAAUGGGAAGCCUGCGUCCCCCCCCUUCUCCCUCCAAACAGCCAUUAAGUGCUCUGUCCUAAGAAAGUGGCCUAUAGAGAGCAUGUGUGUGUGUUUUACAUGGCAAAACAGCUGACUUUUGCUUGAGUGGGUGGAUGAUCCAUGCUUAUGGAGACAAAACAAACAAAUACAAAGUGAUUUCUGUUCAUUUUCAGCAGACCUGGGCAACCCAGCGGACCUUGAAUGUCAUGACAUUGUACUGAAAGGGAUUGUGUGGAUUUUUUUUAUUUUAUUUUUUCCUUUCACCUCUUCGGUGGAACGCUUACGUUACAGCCGACGUUUUCAGAAAAUCAAUUCAAACAGGAAUUAAGCUCAGAGAGAAUCUUCAUCUUUUGCAUAUUUUUGUUUUUGCAGUUAAUUUCUUAAAAGGUACAGUGUUCUGCAUAUGCUUAACGUGUUAUGCUUUUCACAUGGAAUCAGCUGUUAUAAGCUACUGUAUGGCAAAAUGUGCUUGAGUUUGCAAUAAUACGAGGAAUGAUCUGAAUUAAAAACAACACCAUUUUUCUGACAGAAAUCCGUUGGUCUUAGUUUGAAUUCAUUCAUCUGCGGCACAGUUGACCCUCACUGUCAUUUAUGAUGUUGUUCCACCUGCUUUCUCUAAAGACAACAUCUUAUUUGAAUUUAAGAAGAAACACACAUACAGUACAUCUCCCUGUGGUUUAAGGACACUUACACUUACACUGCUGUGGUCCUGUUUGCACUAUGUGCAGUGUUGUGCUGCCCUCUGCAGGUCGACAUCAGAUUGCAUCUGUUAGUUUUUUUUCUCAUUUUCUGGACUGAAAAUGGAAAAGAAAUUCUUUACACUUAAGAAAUACUUCACUCAACAGCAAAUUUAACUUAUUUUUUCACCCAAUCAAUAUUAUCUGUACUGUUGUCUUUGCUGCUGGGAAAACUACAGCGACAGGAAAUCAGAUAAUGUGAUCAAAAUAUUACAGUAUUACAUAUUUCAGUGAUGAGGUUAUUUAAUGUCCUGCACUGUGUACCAGAGUUAGUUUUCAGUCUCUCAGCUUUAUAUUUACACUUUCUGCAUUAGAUGACAAAUCAGUGCUCUAAUAAAAUGACUUACUAAUCUAAUGUGUAUCAUUUUAAAACCUACAGACCGCCUCUAAACUUCAGCCUCACAAGUACAUUCACAAUCAGCUACUUGUUAAAUUUAAAAGUGUUAACUUGUGUCCGUUUCCAUUGCUGCAUCGUGUAUUAAGUGCUUUUAGAACGCAACCAUCUUUGAAAACAGCUCGUCAAUAAAAUGGGGUGAAAGUACAAAAACA